GAACGGGGAAGGCGACGCCCGCCAUGAGCUCGUCAGCGCUGCUGGCAGAGGGCCCCCUCGACCCGCCGGUGCUGCUGGCGGACAUCAAGACGGAGCCCCCCGAGGAGCUGCUGGCCAGCGACUGCAGCCAGCCCCAGGCUGAGCCCGUGGAUCUCUCGCUCAACAAGUCCAAGGCGGCUCCUGCCUCGGCGGCGGCGGUGCCGCCACCGCCUGUCCCCCCCUCCUCGGUGCAGUCCUCGCCCGUGUUGGUGGCCCCGCCGCUGCCCGCCCCCGCCACCGUGUCCAUGCCGCCCUCGGGGCUCAGCUCCACGUCGGCCAUCCCGGCCGUGCUGUCGCCCGGCUCCAUCCUGGCAUCCACGCAGGGCAGCGGUGGGCAGCAGAUCCUGCAUGUCAUCCACACCAUCCCAUCCGUCAACCUGCCCAGCAAGAUGGGCAACCUGCAGACCAUCCCCGUGGUGGUGCAGUCGCUGCCCGUCGUCUACACCACCGUGCCCACCGACGGCGUCACCGCCAUCACCGUUCCCCUCAUUGGGGGCGACGGCAAGAACGCGGGGUCCACUCUCCUAUCCCGGACCCCACCUGUGAAAAUGGACCCAGGCUCCGUGUUCCCCAUGGACAUGAACAGCGACAGCGAGGACAGCGCCUCGGAGAGUGGCCCAGCCCCGUUCCAGGACCUCCAGAGAGAGCCGGCGGUGAGGGGGCCUAGGGCUGACUCCCCCGACCUGAAGAAGCGGCGCAUCCACCAGUGCGACUUUGAGGGCUGCAACAAGGUCUACACCAAGAGCUCCCACCUCAAAGCCCACCGGAGGAUACACACAGGUGAGAAGCCCUACAAGUGCACAUGGGAAGGCUGCACCUGGAAGUUCGCCCGCUCGGACGAGCUGACGCGGCACUUCCGCAAGCACACGGGCAUCAAACCCUUCCGCUGCUCGGACUGCGACCGCAGCUUCUCCCGCUCCGACCACCUGGCCCUCCACCGCCGGCGGCAUGUCAUGAUGUGAGCUUGAGGGGCCCCGAGCCCCUCUGUGUGCAGAGACUGUGGGAGCAGAGAGGCCGAGCUAACUGUGAGCAGCCUGUGCCUGCUGGGGGAGCCCCGCCGGCACAGCGCGGGAAACUGUGGAUUCGGGACUGCUCCUCCUCUCUUGUCCCCAACUCUUCUGUUUCCUGGGAUUCUUCUCCCCACUCAGCACGGCUGGAGGCUCCUCCUUGGUUCCUCACCUGGGAUUCAUCCAGCAGCUGCCUCCUGGCCUGCGUCUCUUCAGCCUCCUGCCCGUUCCACCUGGUGUGCUCGCUGUCCCCUGCCCCCUCCCUGUGCCCGUGGGCAAGAUCUGGGAGGCCAUGGCAAGGACAGGGCAGCAACGAGGAGGCCCUUGUGCAGGAGCUGUUGGCCUCUUCCCUCUCUAUCCCAGACACUGUCCCAGCGGGAGAAGGGACCCUGGAGUGUCACCUCUGUGUGUCCCUUGGUGUGUGCUGGGCUUUGUGGGAAGUGCUGGGGUCACGUCAAGGGCCAGGAGGAAAAGAGGAAGCAAGAACAGGGGGAAACAACCCCACAGUGACCCACAAACAAGGCCACCACCACCACCACAAAAAGGGAAACUCUGUGGAACGUGAAACUUUGAUUUGGUGGAAUUUUAAGAGGGGGUGGGUCAGGGUGGGGGGGAUGAGAGCCACCAACUCUUGGGUUUUUUUGAAGCCUCUGGGCCACAUGAAGUGUUUUUAAGUUAAACCAGCGGCUGUGGCCACACACUUUGCUUUUUAAUAA